AUGGCAUCUCCCGUGUUCGGCUCAUUGCGCGCCCCGCAGCCAAGUAUAUGCAGACAAUGCGCCAUAUCGACAACCCGCCGAACGAUUACGUCCAUCGCCUCGCAGACAACAAAACAUGAGAUUCGAUCAAGGCCAUCCAAUACCCUCACUCCGCGCCUACCACAAGCCUCAUCGCAGUCACGGCACUUCUCCUCAUCACCGCACCGGAGAGCGUACAAAACUGUCGAAGAAGCCAAGACAAAGUACCGGCUAGGCCCCUUCUCAUGGCAGGCAGGCCUCCUCUUCGUCCUUGCCGGCGCUGGCCUCACCCUCUACUUCCGCUACGAAAAGGCCCGCAUGUCCCGCGCCCGAAUCGCAGAAGCCAACAAGGGUAUCGGCAAGCCUUUGGUCGGUGGUCCAUUCCACCUAACAGACUGCACCACCACGCCACCUGGCGAGUUCACCGAGCAGAACUUGAAGGGCAAAUACAGCCUGAUCUACUUCGGCUUCACGCACUGUCCGGACAUAUGUCCUGAAGAGCUUGAUAAGAUGGCGGGGAUGAUCGAUCAGGUCAAGGAGAAGAAUGGGGAUGUGUUGAAGCCAGUGUUCAUCAGCUGUGAUCCUGCGAGGGACACGCCAGAGGUUGUGAGGGUGUAUUUGAAGGAGUUUCAUGAGGAUAUUGUGGGGUUGACGGGGACAUGGCAGGAGGUCAAAGAUGUUUGCAAGGUAUAUCGGGUGUAUUUUUCGACGCCGCCGGACGUGAAGCCGGGGCAGGACUAUUUGGUGGAUCAUAGUAUCUACUUUUAUUUGAUGGAUCCCGAAGGCGACUUUGUCGAGGCGAUUGGGCGAAACUUCACCGUUGAUGCCGCGGCCAAAGUCAUCAACGAUCACAUCGCAGACUGGAAGGGCAAGAUCGAUAAGUCAUGA